AUGUACCCCUCUCCUGAGGUUGAACAUCAUAGUGAGAAGGAUGACGAUUCCUCUAGAUCUGAGAAGGACAUGGCUGCUGAAGGUUUAUGCUCUCUAGGGCAAAUUGUGUCUAGUAAAGGAAAAUUUGUGGCAUCUACAACUGCCAAUGCUUCCCAUUCUAAGAAGCAUAAUGUUGCAAACAAUGUGAUUGACCUAGAGGAUGAUAGGUUUGGUGAUCAAGAGGAGAGCUUACUUCAUCACUUAAAGCCUAGUGUGGCUAAGCGUAUGAAGACUAGAAAAGGAAGAUCUGUGGCUGAAAUGAGGUCAGCUAAAACAUCUAAGAAGACUGCUGGUGUUGGUCCUUCAAAAUCUUGGAGCAAGACUGUGGAAUGGUUAUCUCCGUGCUAUGAGGGUUUGGUUAAGGAAUUCAUUGUCAAUAUUCCUGAGGAUGUUGCUGAUAAGAAUAGCAAGGAAUUUUGCAAAGUAUUCGUGAGAGGUAAUUGUAUCACUUUCUCUCACACUGUCAUUAACAAUUUUUUGGGAAGAAGAGUUAAGGGUGCAUGUGAAUUGGAAGCUACAGACAAUCAGGUUUGUAGAGAAAUUACAGCAAGGCAGGUGAAAGGGUGGCCUAUCAAAAAGCAUCUUCCUGCUGGAAAGCUGACUGUCAAGUAUGCUAUAUUGCAUGAAAUAGGAUCUGCAAAUUGGCAUGCAUCUACUAAUGCAGUGAAGUUGCCUAUAGCCUUUCCCUCUAUGAUUUAUGGGAUUAUCUUGAGUCAAGACCCUGGGAUUCUGAGUUCUAAUGACCUACCAAGUAGAAGAAAACCUGCUCUGUCCGUGCACUAUAACAUGUUUGAAGGCAGUCAUGUUGAAGACAUUGUCAUGACAUCUGCUAUGAAAAAUCCAGCCUCAAAAGUUGGAACUAUUGCUGAGCUGAAGGAGACGUGUAAAGAGCUGGGUGAAGGGAUAAGGGAAGCUGAAGCCCACACCUCUAAUGAGAGGUCUGCAACUAAUGAUGAGACAAGUGGCAAUUAUGUUUUUGAUGCUGAUGAAGCUGCAAGCUCAAGCUCCUCUAAUUAG